UCCUAUCCCGAAUCUCCGACGGAGUCAUCGAUUCAUCAGGCAUGGCAUCUCCUCUCAAACUAAUUUCCUGCUCGCUGUUUUUACUUUUUAGCUUUAUUUUCUGGUCCAAGAAGCCGCCUAUUCACCCCACCAUCAUCGCAAAAACCCUAACCACUCCUCCGGUCCAACUUCCAGUGAUAUCUAGGGAUAGGGAUUUGUCAGAUUUGAGAAUUUUUGUCCGCAGCCAAACAGCUGCCGCUAUGAGAAUCACAAAGCCUUUGCUUCAGUCCGAAGCCAAGGACAAAAACAUGGUGUUCUCUCCGCUGUCCAUCCACAUCGUUUUGAGCCUGAUCGUGGCGGGGACAAAGGGUCCGGCGAGGGACCAGUUACUCUCUUUUCUCAAGUCCAACUCCACCGCCGAACUCAACGCCCUCGCUGCGGAUAUAGUUCCAUUGGUUUUGGCAGAUGGAUCUGCCAGUGGCGGUCCCCGUCUGUCCUUUGCCAAUGGACUUUGGGUUGAUGAGUCUCUCUCUAUCAAGCCUUCUUUCAAAGAGGCGGUGGCCGUGUUUUACAAGGCAGUUGCGGACGAAGUCGAUUUCCAGAACAAAGCGGAUGAGGUGAGAAUCAAAGUGAAUUCUUGGGCCCAAGGGAAGACUGGUGGCCUGAUCAAAGAAUUUCUUCCUCCCGCAUCAAUUAACGGUGCAACAAGGCUCGUGUUUGCGAAUGCAUUGUACUUCAAAGGGGUUUGGGAGGAGAAGUUUGAUGCGUUGAAUACCAAAGAGCAUGACUUCAACCUCCUCGACGGGAGCUCAGUUCGGGCACACUUCAUGACCAGCGACAAGUGGCAGUUUGUAAGGGCGUUUGACGGCUUUAAAGUCUUACAGCUUCCUUACCGACAAGGUGGAGAAGAAGAAGGCAAACCUCCUCGGCGACGUUUCUCCAUGUACUUGAUUCUGCCUGAUGCGGAAGACGGACUGCCAGGUUUGGUGGACAAAGUUUGUUCCGGAUCUGACUUCUUGAAUCGACAUCAACCGUACGGUAAAGUUGAAGUGGGCGACUUCAAAAUCCCAAGGUUUAAGUUUUCUUCCGACUUGGAAGCGUCCAAAACUCUCAAGGAUUUAGGAUUGGUGUUGCCUUUUACUAGUGAGUUGACAGAGAUGUUUAACUGGCUUCCUUCCGGCGAUGCUUUUAGGAUGCUUCACAAAUCCUGCGUUGAAGUUAAUGAAGAAGGCACUGAAGCGGCAGCUGUUACUGGCAUUCUUGCGGGGAGUUCGCUUAAUCCUCCUGACAAGAUAGAUUUUGUGGCCGAUCAUCCAUUCAUGUUCGUCAUCAGAGAAGAAAUUACUGGAACGGUGUUGUUCAUUGGGCAAGUGCUGAAUCCGCUCGCGGGUUGAUCUAUCUAUUUGGGUUAUAUAUGUAAAUUCAAUUUGUAGUUGGCUGUGGUCUUCAUUGCCUGCCUGGGAGCUUAACAUAUGAAAACUGAACGAACUAGACCUUUAUGAUUAUUAAUAAAAUUCCCAACUCUUUUAUUUA